AUGUACGUCGUUUUCUCAGAAGAUUGUCUCGAGCACAAUCCACCUUUCGAGUAUUCGUGUGGUGAAAUCACAGCCUAUGGCGAUUCUCCAGCACGAUUGACAUCGAUAAAAAAUGAGAUCGACAAGAAACCUGAUCAGUUCUAUGUUGUCAGUGCCAAUGAUUACACUUUGACUCCCAUAUUGAACAUUCACCAUGACGAUUAUAUUCAGUUCCUGCACAGCAUUCACAGUGAUUGGGCAUACACUCAAAAUACUUGGCGCUCGGUCUACGCCGCUGCCCAGGUCACGCUGACGGCAGCACAUAAAAUGAUGCUGCUUGUGGAUCAAGAUCAAAAAACAGUACCAGCGACAUCAUCAUCAGCAGCAGCAACGUAUGCUUUAUGCCGACCGCCUGGUCAUCAUGCAGCAUGUCAAGUUGCUGGAGGCUAUUGUUUCAUCAACAAUGUUGCUGUUGCCGCACGCUUUUUGCAGGAUUAUACUAUGGUUGAAAUGAAUGCCAUGUGCAAGCCAUUACAAUUUGAUGGGCGCACAUCCAUAGUUCCUAGUGGACCUAAACCAUCCAACGGCGUUGGAAAGAAAAAGAAAGUUUUAAUUGUCGAUAUUGACUAUCACCAUUAUGUAUACAUUUCUUUGCACGGAUACCCAGGUUAUCCAUACUACACCGGCAGCACAGAUGAAAUAGGUACCGGACCAGGCAAAGGCUAUAAUAUCAACGUAACUCUCGAUCAAGAUACGACGACGGGCACGACUUAUCUAAAGGCUCUAAAAACGGUACUUGGCAAGGACUCAUUUGCUAGCGAAUUUGGGGCAGAUAUUGUUAUCGUUUCACUCGGGCUCGAUACUUGGCACGGGAAUGCAGGUGCAGGAUUUAAAAUAUUCACUGACGUGGACACUUACUUUGAAAUCGGCCGUCUGUUUCGAACCAUCGAAAGCUGCACAGGUCGUGCUGUCCUGUUUGUUCAAGAAGGAGGCACAAAGCUGGACCGAUUGGGUUGUCUAGCCACACGAUUGUUGGAAGGCUAUAAUCUGUCGUCAUAG